GCGUGUAGGCUGAAUACGCUCUAGACGCCAAGACGGAGUCUCGGGUGGUGGUCGUGUGUAAACAUUGUUGACGGUGACACAACCCUCCUUGCACGCCCACACUCCUCGUAAUUCGGGUAAUUGUCUCUCCACGCCCUCCGCCAGUUCGCCAUUGUGGUUUCCGAGCGAGGAGAUAGAGAAGUGGCGAGCACCGCGUUGCAGUGACGCGAUCGGGCGUGUCCAGCUAGCAGCUUCUCGGAUCAACUUCGUGCCGGACAAAGGAAUCUGUCAGUCAUAAGAGCUUGACAGUCACUGACAGUCAUUGCAGCAGGAAGUUGGAUAUUAGUGCUUGAGGACGGCGGAGGAAUCAGUGUGACUGAGCGCUGGAGAGUGACGAAUUGAUCAUGGAGGAACUAACAGCAAGUCUGGAGAAGCUGCGUGUGGCCUCAGAAAAUCCAAGCCCUGAACCACUGGAUGAGCUGAUCAAUUAUAUUCAUCAACAGGAGGACAGCACAACCGUGUGUGAGGAACUAGUGGCUGGAGGAGUCCUGCCCCUCAUUGCUGCAUCUAUAAACAGUUCCUCUGUUGAGGCUCAAGGAAAAGGAGCAGAGUUGGUUGCUGAACUUGCCAAGGUUGAGAGCUGCAGAUUAGGAUGUGUUACCAGUGGCCUUGUACCCAUCCUUGUGGAGAAGAUGUCUAGCACAACAACAGGUGUGGCACUGCAAGCAUGCCGAGCACUGGGGAAUAUAUGCUAUGAACAUGUGUUCCUUCCAGACGGAGGCAGAGUGAGUGUAAUGGAAUCUGGGGGUGCAGCACAGCUCCUGCAUUUACUCCAGAGGGCUGCGUCUCUGCCCAACACGCCUGAUGAUCACCAGCUCCGUCUGGUGGCUACAGGGUUUCUCCUAAACCUUCUUAAUUCCUAUGACACAGUUCAGAUUCCUCAUUGUCAGGAUCAGUCUAUGGAGGCAGAGCUAGUUGAUGUUUUGUGCCAGUAUCUGGACAAGUUUGCUGAAGAUGAAGACAUUCCUACCCAUGUUUUGUUGUCACUUACCUGUAUGGCAGACACAGAGGUUGGUCGGGGACUUGUUGUAUCCCGAGACAUCACACCACAGCUUGUACGAGUACUGAAAAUCAAUGAAUCAGCUGAGGUUACAGAAACAUGUCUGGAACUUGUCACCAAUUUGGCUGAGACAGAAUGUGUAAAGACCCAGUUGGCAGUUGGGGGUGUCUGUGAGGCUGUAGUAGAGGUUGUGAGACGCCAUCGGAACAACCCUGCGUCUGACCUUUCUCCUCCCAUAAUCAAGACUGCAACUGACCUCAUUGUCCUCAUUCUUGUUGGAGAUGAGAGUAUGGGCAUAAUCUAUGGUGACGGUUCAGGUUCAGUCUACCAGGAACUUGUGGGAUGGCUGACCUCUGACCUGGAGGACCUACAAAUAGCUGGUGCUCUUGCUAUGGGAAACUUUGCCCGCAGUGAUGCCCAUUGUAUCAAGAUGGUAGAGAGUGGAAUAGCAGAUAAAUUACUCAAGGUUUUGUCGAGCCACAACUCCGGUGAAGGGGACAUCCGCCUGCAGCAUGCUAUCCUCUCAGCUCUGAGGAACUUAAGUAUUGCACGGCAGAACAAACCAGUCUUAGUGCAACAGGGUGCUCUUGAAGUCCUGCUCCCUAUGGCUACAGCAAUACAGACUUUUCCUGUGGUAUUUAAGCUGCUAGCAACACUACGUAUGAUUAUUGAUGGCCAGACUGAAGCUGCUGUGAAGGUUGGCAGCAACAAUGAGGUUGUUGAGAGACUAGUGGUAUGGUGUGGCACCAUGGACCAUCCAGGUGUCCAAGGAGAAUCCAGCCGUCUCCUUGCUUGGACCAUCAAAAAUUGUGGUGAAAAUACAGACGUAAUUAAUGCUUUGAUAAAUGCAGGGUGUGUUCCACCCCUGGUACUCAUGCUUGGUUCCGAACAUGCAGUCAUGGUCAACGAGGCGGCCCUGGCCCUGGUACUCGUCUUUUCCUCAGUUGUUGAUCCGGAGGUUGUUGAGAAGACGAAACUGCCACAGGUUGCAACAUACGUUUUGAACAAUCCCAACCUUCCUCCUGAGAUUGUGGCAAAUGUGUUGUCAAUGCUAACAGCCAUUGCUGGAAAAGACUCUGGGAUCGAGUGCCUCAAAAAGGAUGAAUUGAAAACUGCCAUAGAUGCUCUAACUGCUCAUGCUAAUGAACAAGUCAAGACUUUAUCUACUGCUCUCAAGGAGAAACUUUAAAGAAUUACAUAACACAUUUUCUUAUUGUUCAUUUGCACUCUCAGUAUGUUAUCAGCUAUUC